AACACAACAGAUCCCAUUUUCUUUCUUUCUUUCUUUCCUUCAAUCUGCAUUUUCAUUUUCAAAAUUUCCCAGAUGAAACCCUCACAGUCCUCCUCCACCAAGCCGUCCAACACGGUCCUCCCCUACCAGACGCCGCGUUUGCGGGACCAUUACCUCCUCGGGAAGAAGCUUGGGCAGGGUCAAUUCGGGACGACCUAUUUGUGUAUAGACAAAGAAACGAACGACCAUUACGCCUGCAAAUCGAUUCCUAAACGGAAGCUUCUUUGCCGCGAGGAUUACGACGAUGUGUGGCGGGAAAUUCAGAUCAUGCACCACUUGUCGGAACACCCAAACGUGGUGCGGAUCAAGGGGACGUAUGAGGACUCCGUGUUUGUGCACUUGGUGAUGGAGCUGUGCGCUGGCGGGGAGCUGUUUGAUAGAAUUGUGGCGAAGGGGCAAUACAGUGAGAGGGAGGCGACGAAGUUGAUUAAGACCAUUGUGGCUGUUGUGGAGGCGUGUCAUUCGCUUGGGGUUAUGCAUAGAGAUCUUAAGCCUGAGAAUUUCUUGUUUGAUACUCCCGGGGAUGAUGCCAAGCUUAAAGCUACGGACUUUGGAUUGUCUGUGUUUUAUAAGCCAGGACAAGCUUUGUCUGAUGUGGUUGGAAGUCCCUAUUAUGUGGCACCUGAAGUUUUGCUUAAGCAUUAUGGUCCUGAAAUAGAUGUAUGGAGUGCUGGUGUUAUCCUUUACAUCUUAUUAAGUGGAGUUCCUCCUUUUUGGGCGGAAACUGAAUCAGGAAUCUUCAAACAGAUCUUGCAAGGCAAACUAGAUUUUCAUUCUGAUCCAUGGCCUAACAUAUCAGACAGUGCCAAAGAUUUGAUUAAAAAGAUGCUUGAGAGGGAUCCAAGGAAAAGAAUUACUGCUCAUGAAGUGCUAUGUCACCCCUGGAUUGUGGAUGACAAAGUUGCUCCUGAUAAACCAUUGGAUUCUGCAGUUUUGUCACGCUUGAAGCACUUCUCAGCAAUGAAUAAACUGAAAAAGAUGGCUCUGCGUGUCAUAGCAGAAAGACUUUCUGAGGAAGAAAUUGGUGGUCUGAAAGAGUUGUUCAAAAUGAUUGACACAGACAACAGUGGGACAAUAACACUUGAGGAACUUAAGGCUGGUUUGAAAAGAGUGGGAUCUCAACUGAUGGAAUCUGAAAUUAAGACUCUUAUGGAAGCGGCUGAUAUUGACAACAAUGGAACACUAGAAUAUGGUGAAUUUAUUGCUGCUACCUUGCACUUAAAUAAGAUGGAGAGAGAAGAGAAUUUAAUUGCAGCUUUCUCCUUUUUUGACAAAGAUGGGAGUGGUUACAUAACUGUUGAUGAGCUUCAACAGGCUUGCAAAGAGUUUGGUCUUGGUGAUGUUCAUCUGGAUGAAAUAGUCAAAGAAAUUGAUCAAGACAACGACGGGAGAAUAGAUUAUGCUGAGUUUGCCGCAAUGAUGAGAAAGGGCGAUAGCGAAGUCGGGAGAAGCAGAACUAUGAGAAACAAUUUGAACUUCAAUCUAGCCGACGCCUUUGGAGUAAAUGAACCAACGACAGUAAAGGAAUCAACAACUGAAGCUACUGACUGAGAGCAUAUCUUUCAUAUAGUCAGGGAACGCGCUACUACCCGAAAAAAAAAAAAAAAAAAAAA